AUGUUCUCUGCUACCCAAUUCAAGACUCUUGCCCUCGCGGCGCUGCUCUUCAUCAACACGGUCAGCGCUGCCGACACGCUCGGCCGUCCAGUAUCAUCGUCUGCACAGUGCGACAGCAUAUGCCAACAAGUGCACGACCCCAACGCCGUCGAGUCCAUCGGCCGUACCAUCGAGUCUUCCAUCUCCUCUACUGGCAACUACGACAUUCUUCUGGGUCAGCGUUCCGCCAACGGUGUCGGUUACGACGCCUCGACCAUCUGGAAGCUCUGGGCUAAAUCUCUCGAAAGCUCCUUCUCGUCCAGCGUCAGCCACCUCCAGGAGUCUGGACAUGCCGACGACAAGGUUUGCGUCGACAAGGCUACCCUUGCUAAGCUCACGGCUGCCUCGCUCAACUGCCAUUCUCACGUAAAGGGCAGCGGCGCGCUCGGCGGUGCAGCCGGCGGAAGUGUGUCUUGGUCUUACAACACCUCGGGUGACAAUAACCCUCAAGUCGGCUGGGGUGCCGGCGUGGACAAUGGCGGCGCUCCUAUUGACACUCACGGAGUCAAUGCUGGUGGUGACUCGAGCGCGUUCGGAAGCGGCUCCAACGUGCAUCAUCAUGUAGGUGGUGGAUCAUCCAGCUCCACCUCCACCGGCGGGCAGACUUCCACCUCCAGCUCUGGUUGGGGCAGCGGCAAUGUAGCCAACGGGAUCCUUGCUUCCAAGUGCGCUCGAAGGAGAACGGAAAGCUGUUGACGACGUACGGCUCGGAGUACGCUUUUGCGAGAUUGGACGGUUAUCAUUCCACCUUCCGUGCCCAUCCGAUCAAGGGGCAGGAUGGUAGCUUCCGCCUGACGGAGAUCAAGAGGAACGGCGCGACUGUGAGCUACCCUGUCAAGAUCAACAGCGCCCUGGGACAAUUCAAGCCUCUGUACGGUGACAAGGACGCCGUCUUCACAUUCAAGCCCACGCAAUUCGGAGACAGCUGCUGGGGCUCGCCCGGUUUCAAGAUGGCCCGUCGUCAAGAUUGGGGAGGUUGGGGACCCAACUACCGCGCCACCAAGUCUUCCUCGGCCGACGAAUGCGUCGAUGUUGAGCUCGAAGAGGCCGACUGCUAA